AUGAGAAGACUGACAAAUGCUCUUCUUCUUGUAGCUACUUCUGUUGAAUUUGAAGGAGUCGAUGUGACAGAGGACAAACAGGUGCUCAGUUUUUCAGAUAUCUAUUUCUACCUGUGGGGUUUGAUGCUGAGGAGUUUGGCGAGGUUCGCCGCUAGUAUGGAGCUACGAAUGGCUGCUACAAUCCAAGGUAUCUAAUGAUAUCUGAAUCUCAAAAUCGCGCGGGAACCCCUUGCCUUGACGUUCUAGGUACUCUCAUAUUGUUUUAUUU